UUGUUUUCCUAUCUCAAACAAAAACAAAAACCGAGGAAUGCGAAUUCCUGAUUCCAAUUGUUACAAGGAGUGAAUUGACGUAUUUGGGCGGCUUUCCCUUCCAUAUAAGCUUUAUAUUUUCCCAAACUUAGUAGUCGCUAGCGCACCGCCUGUGGAGUUUCACCCAGUUUGUAGUUCACGGCAUAUGUUUACGUCACAAUAUAAUUCACUUCCUAGGUAUAAAGCUAACCAGAAGUACAAUUUAUCAUUCCGAAGUUAACCUGAAAAAUAUAACGUACUCGCACAAGAAAUUGCUCUAUUUCUUUUCUCAAUUUUCACGAAAAUCAGACAUUCGACCUGACUCUACAAGAUGCCUAAAUGUCCCAGUUGCAAUAAGGAAGUGUACUUCGCAGAAAAGGUGACGUCACUGGGGAAGGAUUGGCACCGACCCUGUCUCAAGUGUGAGAAAUGCAAGAAGACAGUGACUAGUGGAAAGCACGCCGAACACGACGGGAAGCCAUACUGUCAUCAGCCCUGUUAUUCGGCUAUGUUUGGACCAGGAGGAUUCGGACAUGGAGGAGCUGAGAGCCACAAAAUGCCUAGCCCUCAAUGUCCUAACUGUGGAAAGGUGGUCUACUUCGCAGAAAAAGUGUCUUCACUGGGGAAGGAUUGGCACCGACCCUGUCUCAAAUGCGAGAAGUGCAAGAAGACAUUGACAAGUGGAGGGCACGCAGAACAUGACGGCAAGCCUUACUGCAACCAGCCUUGUUACUCGGCUCUGUUCGGCCCAGGAGGAUUCGGUCGCGGAGGAGCCGAGAGCCACAAGUACUAAAAAUGGAAGGUCGGAAGAAGUUCUCUAAGAAAACCAUAACAAAAUGCAAUGCAGAGAAUUGGUAAAAUUAUACUUCUACCUCGUUUUGUUUACGGGAUAGCAGGUGCCAAGAAGCAAAGAAAAUUGAAAUGUGAUUUCAUCAGCCGAGAGAUUAUCUUACAUUCAUCUGAAGAACAUAGUAGAGCUAUAUGCGUAUAAAUGAAACAAAUUUAAUUUAAAAUGACACUCGAUAUUGAAACUUG